AUGGAUACACAUCCUAACCCAUCACACGCCAGUUCGAAAGAAGAUUAUCGUGAAUCACAUUACCGUGAUUCUAGUGACCUAUUACCAUUGACAUUAGUAAGCGGAGGAACAGGAGGUGGAUUAGCAUUCAAUUCAAAUUACGCAUAUCUUUCACCUCCAUUCGGUCGGGUGAUUCCUCGUAAUCAGAUAAUGUCCCGAGUGAUGUGGUUUUCCACCCUAGUAUUGUUCAACUUGAUCUACGCCGGUUAUAAGUUGAUUCAUCAUAAUGACACAUCGACGACAAAAGAUGACAAAUCAUACUCUAUUGAUUUUAUUUUCUUAAUCAUUAUACCAUUAGCCUUUUUCUUAUUAUACAUCUUUUUCGUGACUGUGUGGACUUACCUGGACCUUCGAAACAAAGAUUUCGAGCCAACAUUCACGGUUCUCUACUAUUCACCAUUAAUGCUAUUCUCCCUGUUUUUCAAGGAGAAAAAGCGCGUGGAUGUUUCCGAAUUUCACGAGGUAAAUUUCGGUGCAAAAUGGUGGCGAUUUGGCACAAGUCGAGUACGCGAGGGGAUCGUCAUGACGUUGUACAGUCUUUUACUGAUGUCAUUUGUGAUGUCGGAUUUGGUGGGUGAUGCCUUCGACCAACCAAACGGCGAGGUAUCCCAAGUGUUCAAAGAUUUUGUACCGGCCGCGUUUAUGCUGGUGGUGUUUUUCCUUGGUUUCGUAUUAUCCAUUUGGGGAAUUGUUGAGGCAUUGGUUGGUGAAAGUGGCGUGCAUGGAAGUGGAGAAGGAAGAAAACGAUUGGUUGGCGUGUUGCCUA